AUGUCUCCUGACAAUACGCCAAAAAAACGACAACGUCAUUCUUCGCAUGAAAAGGAUGAGUACUCAUCGUCUAAGAAACGUAAAUACCAUGAUGAUUCGGGAGUUGACCAAGUGAAAGUAGGAAUCGACGGUCAAGAUCAAUACAAGGCAACUACAGUGACCAUCAAACCAUCUGAUAUUCGCAAGGCGGAAAUGCGGGGAUUCGUGCUUCGUGGAUUCGAUCAAAACAUUUUCGACUCAGUCGCUAGUGUCUCCGCGCGCAAUAUGUUGCACCAGACAAAGACGCACUCGCCGAUUUUUGUGGUUGCAUUCAAAGAAAACCUCCAACAGAUGGUAGUGUUGGAGGGAACCCAUCGGGUCUUGUCCCUUAUUUCAAGAUUGGAAGAACCUGAUCAAGAAGAUUUCGAUUUCGAGGCUGUCAUUUAUGAAACGUCGGAUGACUUCGCUGGUAUUUGGGAUUCGUGUGUCGAGCUGGGAGUUGGACAGUCUGCAAAAGCUGAUGUUUGUCGAUUCCCACGCAAGAUGAUGCAUUUGGUCCAAACAACAUAUGGUCGCGAGUUUGCAAAAUCUUUGCUCGAUUCUCGAAGAAGCAACAAUCGGAUGCAUUGGCUAUCAUCCUCGACGAACAUUUGGAUUCCAAAACCAAGGAGAACAUCCAAGCGGAUUUUUACAAAAAGGACACGAACCCGCUCUUUGUUAUAUCGGAAAUGCUUUGACGAAGGAUUGGUUGCCGCUUAA